AUGGCACUACUACCUCAAUUUCCAAUCUUUGCUCCAAUGCGCCAGGAAUUUAGCCCGUUCUUCACUUUGUUCAAUAAUACUUUCAACGAGCUCCAAAAGAUGUCUGACUCGGCGGCACGUUCUUUCACACCCAGAUUUAAUGUCAAAGAAGACCAAGACAACUACACUCUCGAAGGAGAGUUGCCAGGCAUCCACCAGAAGGACAUCUCCAUCACCUUCAACGAUGAGCACACCUUGGUCGUCAAAGGCCGUACUGAACACUAUAUGGAAGAAGGCCAUCGGCCCCAAGAACCAGCGGCCGCAGACGCGGAUAAACCUGUAGAUGCCGGCGAUCAGAAGAAUGGCGAAAAGGCUACUAUAGUUGCAAACCCAGAGCAGAAGGAAACAUACUGGAUUUCUGAGCGGAGUGUGGGAGAAUUCACCAGGACUUUCGCUUUUCCGGCUACGGUUGAUCAAGAAAAAGUGAAAGCAAGCUUAAAGAAUGGAGUUCUCAAGGUCGUUGUGCCCAAGGUCGUUGGGAAGACAUUCACAAAGAAAGUAACUAUUGAAGAUGCUUGA